AUGGCCGCCUUCGCGACACUAUUCCGCCGCGAACUACACUUGGAACUGCUGAGUUACACGUCCCGAUAUUUAACAGAAGCGAAAGACCAACCGAAGAAAUUGUACAUGAUGACAUCCGUCCUUUUAUAUCAUUGCUGCGUUAGCUCGCUCAACGGAUUGGUUAUAGCUGACAUCUGUGAGAAGCUGAUGAAGGAAGAACGCGAGAUGGUGCUUAGGUUUUGUGAAAGACUGGCUGAUAUGGAAGUCACUUUGAAUAAUUUGGAAACUGCCGUUGGAGAUGCCGUCAAAGAAAAAGAUGUGCUACGAAAAGGUAAAAAAAAACAACCGCCAUCGGAAGGCAAACUUAGCAACAAGAUUUCAAAAUCGGCUACUAGAAAUUCGACGACUACACCUGGCAAGAAAUACGCUUUGCAGCUCCGGUCUUCAGUCUCGGUUAUGACUGCUAACAUGUCAGAAGAUAGUUUGAUUGAAGCUUCAGAAUUAUCCUCAUAUGCCCAAAGAUAUGACGAUAAACGAAUGUCAGAUACAAGCGAAGUAACUUCAAUAUAUACAGUGAGGAAGUAUACGCCGAAUACUACAGAUGACUUCUGUCCAGUCGAUGACUUGGAAAAUACCUAUAAUCCUCAACCUUUGACAGAAGAUAAGAUUUUGUUUAAUAGCGUGUCAUUCAAAGAUGAACCGUCGUGUUGUAACUGUAAGGAUACUAUUUCCAUGAUUGUCGAUGAACCUUCUGCUAUUGAUGACGAAGAUAUCUUUUUGGCUUUCCCUGAUAUUGGCAUAAGGCACCCGUUUACUGAAAGAUAUUCUGUAACGGCAUAUCAAUCCAACAGCGCUAUACCUUCAAGUAGUGACCUAAGGGAAAAAACCGAAUCUUCAGGAGUAACAACCAUUUUUCAUACCAAACCUGUUGCUGUAACUGAAAAUUCUGAAGAAGAAAUAGAAGUCAAACUUGGAUCAGCACAGAAAGAAAACUUUCAAAUAUCAUAUCCUACUUGGAUGUGGCAGUGCAAGAAUGCCGUUUGUGAAAGAGUGAAGAGAGAGAGAGAUCCACGAAAACAAAACCUUCAUCUGUCUCUGAGUAGAUGCAUUCUUCUCUGCACUGGUCCUCAGAUCUGGCCGCAACCCAUAGACUAUAUACCUAUGAGUGAGACCAUUGUAAGUCUUGCUACUAAAAAAAUGGAAUAUAAGUUUCAGAAUAUACCAUCUGAAGCAGUAAAUCAACAUUUAGCUGAAGCGUUCAGGUUAUUUCUAGCUGAACUCUCAAAGUUGGAACGAGUUGACAUGCAGAAUAAAAAGAACUUCACAAAAGAUUUUGAUGUCAAGAAACUAACUAUCUUAAUUAACGUGGAAACUGAUCCUGAUCCAAGGAUCAGAUUGAACACAGAUGAAACUUAUUAUCUGAAAAUAGAGACGUUGACUAAAAAAGUCAAAGUUUCAAUUACCUCCAACUCUUUUUGUGGUGUCAGACAUGGUUUGGAAACUCUAAGUCAGUUGAUGUUACUGGAUCAGAGUACUGGUUAUCUAAUCACUUUAUCCAGUCUCCAUAUUAAAGAUUCCCCUACGUAUAAAUACCGAGGAAUAAUGUUAGAUACUGGAAGGAACUACCUACCUGUUAAGGAUUUGGUGAGAACCGUUGAUGCCAUGUCAAGUUGCAAGUUAAACACUUUACAUUGGAGGGUGUCAGACGCAGCAAGUUUUCCUUUAUUCUUGCCUGGUCUUGAAAACUUAGUACGAUACGGAGCCUAUGAUUCAUCCAUGGUAUAUACCGAAGAAGAUGUCAAAAAAGUCGUGAGCAGGGCAGCUGUAAGAGGUAUAAGAGUUGUAAUGGAAGUAGCUAUUCCGGGACCUGUUGGCAGAGCUUGGUCCUGGUCAGAAGAAGCUAUUUGUCCGAAAAAAAUUGAUAAUGCUACAUGUGGCAAGGAAAAUUGUAUUUACCUUAGAAUGAGCGGGCAAGUGUUCAAUUAUUUAAAGAAGAUAUAUUCAUAUAUUAUUGCCAUAACGGGUGUGGAUGAUGUGUUCCAUCUCAGCGAUGGUGUGUUUUCGUUGUCGAAUUGCCAUUACCUUCUGAAUUCAAGAAGAUAUUUCUUGGAUAAAGCGUUAGACGUUUUAAGGUCAGCGAAUAAAGGUUCUACAACAACUUCGAUAUCCAUUUUGGUCGAUCUAUGUAGUCAGAUGGACUAA